AUGCCAGGCAACAGUGCACUAGUGGAGGCGGAGGUUCCUUUGUUGGAUGAUUUACCUUCAACCGUCCAAUCAAAACAUGAACACAGUGAUGAUGAAGAUCAAGGCACUCUUGCAAGGAGAUUUUGGAUUGAGUCAAAGAAGUUGUGGCACAUAGUUGGUCCAGCAAUCUUUAGCCGUGUUGCGUCUUAUUCCAUGCUGGUUAUAACUCAAGCCUUUGCUGGUCAUCUUGGUGACCUUGAGCUUGCUGCAAUCUCCAUUGCCAAUAAUGUCAUAGUUGGUUUUGAUUUUGGUCUCUUGUUGGGGAUGGCAAGUGCUUUAGAAACACUAUGUGGGCAAGCUUAUGGAGCCAAGAAGUACUAUAUGCUUGGAGUUUACAUGCAAAGAUCAUGGAUUGUUUUGUUCUUGUGCUGUAUUCUGCUUUUGCCAAUCUAUCUGUUUGCCUCUCCAUUUCUAAAGCUUUUGGGGCAACCCACAGAAGUAGCAGAGCUAUCUGGGAUUGUGGCCAUGACCAUGAUUCCACUUCACUUCAGCUUUGCUUUUCAGUUCCCAUUGCAGAGGUUCUUACAGAGCCAGCUGAAGACAGGUGUGAUUGCUUGGGUGUCUCUGCUUGCUCUUGCAGUGCAUGUGUUUGUGAGCUGGUUUUUUGUGUAUAGGCUUCACUUUGGUGUGAUUGGUACUGCAAUUACCAUAAACUUUUCUUGGUGGGUUUUGGUGUUUGGGCUUCUGGGUUACACUAUUUGUGGUGGUUGCCCCUUGACUUGGGCUGGUUUCUCCAUGGAAGCUUUUUCUGGUCUCUGGGAAUUUACUAAACUCUCUGCUGCUUCUGGUGUCAUGCUCUGCCUGGAGAAUUGGUACUAUAGAAUACUGAUCUUGAUGACUGGGAAUCUACAGAAUGCAGAGAUUGCUGUGGAUGCUUUGUCUAUAUGCAUGACGAUCAAUGGCUGGGAGAUGAUGAUUCCUCUGGCUUUUUUCGCAGGAACUGGAGUGAGGGUUGCAAAUGAGCUUGGAGCUGGGAAUGGGAAGAGAGCCAAGUUUGCCACCAAAGUGGCAGUUGUUACAUCAAUUAUAAUUGGCCUCUUCUUCUGGCUCCUGAUCAUGAUGUUCCACAAAGAGGUCGGCUAUAUAUUUACAAAUAGUGAAGCUGUACUUACUGAAGUCAGUAGCCUUUCCCUCCUAUUAGCCUUCACAAUUCUCCUCAACAGUGUUCAACCAGUUCUCUCUGGAGUAGCUGUGGGGUCCGGUUGGCAAUCUUAUGUGGCAUACAUAAACUUGGGUUGCUAUUAUCUCAUUGGGGUUCCUCUUGGGUUUUUAAUGGGAUGGGUUUUCCACCAAGGAGUUAUGGGAAUUUGGGCUGGAAUGAUCUUUGGAGGGACCGCAGUCCAAACCUUGAUAUUGGCCAUUAUCACCAUUCGAUGCGACUGGGAAAAAGAGGCAGAGAAAGCAACCAUGCACAUAUUGAAGUGGACAGACAAAAAAUAG